GGAGGAGGAGAGGCCAGGCCCUGCAGGAUGGCUUCCUUCGGGUGGAAGAGGAAGAUCGGCGAGAGGGUCUCGAAGACGAGCUCCCGGCGGUUCGAAGCGGAAGCCGCCGACGAGAAGGGUCCGGCGGACGGGGAGGAAGCCGACUGGAUCCGGGCCGCCAAGAGGAGGAAGGAAAUCCUCCUAGAAGACCGCGCCCAGAGAAGCAAGCGGCUGAGGGAGGAAGGAGCCACUCUGGCCGAAAAUCGACGGUACUGGGAGGCAGUUCGCAGAUGGGAUGAAGCCCUUCAGUUAACGCCCGAUGACGCCACGCUCUAUGAGAUGAAGUCUCAGGUCCUGAUGUCCCUGCAGGAGAUGUUUCCCGCAGUCCAGGCGGCGGAAAUGGCCGUCCAGAGAAAUCCCCAUUCGUGGGAGUGCUGGCAAACCCUGGGUCGGGCCCAGCUGGGACUAGGAGAGAUAGUUCUGGCGAUCCGCAGUUUCCAGGUGGCCUUGCACAUCUACCCCAUGAACGCGGAAAUAUGGAAGGAAGAUCUGUCGUGGGCCAGAACGCUCCAAGACCAGCAGCGGGAGGCCCAGGGGUCCAGGAGCGCGGCCGGGCCCGUCCCGGAGCCCGACCGGACCCCGGAACCCAUCCCGGACUACGACUUCGAGAGCGACGAGAUCGUGGCCGUGUGCGCCGCCAUCGCGGAGAAGCAGAAGCCGCCUCCGGCCACGAAGACCACGGUCAUCGUGUCCGCCUCCGGCGCCGUGGAGACCGUCACCGACCGGGACCCGGGGCCCGCCGUCCCGGACGGGUCCGUCUUCAUCAAAGCCCGGUGACGCGGUCCGCCCCGGGGCCGGGGUGACUUGCCGCGUUUCCGCUUGGGGUCGAGGAGCGGGGCGGUCCCGCCGGAGUAAAGCAGGGCCACGCCGUCUGUUCGGCGGCGGAUCGAUCCGACGGAGACGGAGAGCCGGGAGCCGAAUGUCGCGUCGAGUUCCGUCGGCGUCGCUCUCGGCUCUGAAGAGCGUGCGCGUAAACCUCGGGGCGGGAUUGAUGGAUUUCAUUUCGCCCUUUUAGGUGAGCGUAGCUGCGGCUUCUUCCUUUUCAUAAAGCCUGACCUGUAGGCGCGAGAGCUUUUUAAAACAAGACAGGACACGCACGUUCAUUUCCAGAGCGCCAGGGGGACGAUGAUUUUGAAGCGCCAGUUGUAUCGGGCAGGUUUUGGGAAGGAAAUGGCAAAUGGUUAUUUCCCCCCGCCCCAUCUGACAUAGGAGACAGAGGAAGAUUGAACCACAAAGGAAACCCCAGAAGAUACGUAAGCUCCUAGAGCGUUUGGGAAGCGAAAGGCUAAACUUACUGACCUACUGAGGGAAAUAUUUGCAAAUUCUGCAAAAUCCACUUGUUCUGUCUGAGGGCGUGCAAUGCAUCGGUUUUAGACCCUCUGCCUUUAUUCGUGCUCCUUGGUUUGAUCCUAAUUGAAACAAACAAAAAAAGCAUCUUCCGCACCUGUGCCCGUAUUCACAGUCUCCUCCCGUCUCUGCCCGGCCCCAGGGACGCGUCCCGAAAGACAUCUCGUGAUAUCGCAACUUUCGUUUUUUUAAAGGCAGCGUUUACUCCGGGUGAUUAUGCUUCAUAAACGCUGUGGUUUUCUGUUAAAGUAGUGGCUUUAUAGUUGGCGUAUCUGUGCAGCCAUCUCCCCCCACUUCCUAACAACUCGGUAUGUUACCCCCCCCCCCCCCCAGACUUUUGAAAAGCCUGCGCGACUGCAGAUCCUCCAUACCGCAUGGUCGGCUUCUAACCGGAGCUUCCUCGAAAUCAACUUGGGUACAGAGGUGCCACGCCACCCCCGCUCAGGAAAAUCGACCGCCCGUUAACAGCGUCAAAAAAUGAGGCGGAGAGGUGGAGUUGUGCUGUUUCUGAGCUCCCGGAAGGUCUGGGGCAAGAUGAGCCCUGGCCUUGGCGGGAGUGAAGGGAGAUAGUGUUUGGAACCGGUUUUUGGUCAGGAUGGCGUCGGCGAGGGCUCCGUGUGGUGGGUGGCCCGAUCUGUGGCCUUGUGUGGACGGUUUUAUAUUCGAGGAGGGGAAAUCCUCCGGGCACCUGCCCUUGCCGCUCACAGCGCGAAUGGGCAGAGGAAAGUCCUGCAUUUGUUCCGCUUGUAACUCUGAGGUGGAAAAAUCCCCAGCUACUUCCCCCACAGAAAGUACUUGGACCCCCACUGUUAGCUAGGAAAGAAAGGGACUCUCCGGUAGAGAGGUGAUAUCCCAGGGAGGCAAAUUAACUUCUUUUCCAUGAACGGACAACCCUGUAAAAUUGGAUGGUCGGGUAAGUAGUAAGGGAACCUGACUGUAACCUUGUAAAUUGUUUUUCCGUGAUGACCGCGUUUCCUCGUCUAUUAAAGACUUCGUGUUAUAAAGCUGUGGA